AUGGCAUCUAAGAAUAGUCCGUUUGAGACCAAGUUUUCCUUCAACCUCCUCCCAACCAAGACAUUUUCCUUCCUUCAGGACAAAAGCACGCUACAACUCCUCAUGAAAUGGUCCAUGCUCGGGCGUAUCUCAGCCCAGGCCUUCAGCUUUGACCAGACCUUCUACCCAUACAACAGCCACGACUUUACACUGAGUUUCUUCAGAGACCCCUGUGUGCUGACCAACCUCAGGAAGAUGGAGGCUGGAGCCUGGGUUACUCUGGAGGGUGAGGUGGUGUGUGUACAGGCAGAGGUAGUGCCGUGCAGUAAGGUCAGUAUGGAGAUGUUUGACCCUCUCUACUCCAGUGGAAUCAUCACACCCUCUGGACACAUCACCAAAUGUUUCCAUGACACAUACCCUGACUACGACCUACUGAGACAGAUGCUGCAGGAGGAUGGCAGUGAGGAGUAUGGAGUGAUGGAGAGGAGAGAGUUCCUAUUCCUUCUGUUUAAACACGUGACUCUGGGAGGAGAGCUGUGUCAGUAUGAAGACACCAUCAACCCCUACAUAGACACCACUAGAACCAUUUAUAGGGACCUGGUCAGUGUUCAGAAGAAUCCAGAGAGCAAGGAGAUCAGUGUGGUUUCCACUGUCAUCAAAGUCUUCGCUCUGGAUGCAUCCGGGGUGUGUUACCCAGCCAGAGAAAAAGAGGAACAGUCAUUCUCCUACCUCAUAGUGGACCCCUUCAGAAGACAUGUCUAUGUGUUCUACCACUGUUAUGGAGUAGGCGCCUUCACGCUGUAA